AUGGAUGUAAAAGGUGCUUUUGACACAGUGCUACCAGGAAGACUAGUGAAUCGUCUUCGGGAACAAGGAUGGCCAAACAACCUGGUUAGAUGGGUUCAGUCUUUCGCCACUAAUCGAUCUAUCAAGAUCCGAUUAGACGGACAUCGAAUAUUAACGGAUACCUCUACAAUACACACCGGAUCUAUAAAUAUAAAGGUCAAACCUGGCCCGCUCAAAUGGCUUGGAGUCCACUUCGAUAGGAAAUUAUACUUCAAACCACAUAUCCAGAUCCUUGCAACCAAAGCCCUCAAGGGAGCCAAUGCAUUGAGAUCCCUUAUAAUCACCUGUACAAAGGCAAUCCUCCCAAUAUACAAAACCACAAAUACAGCAGUACUCUACGAGGAAGCCAAACUCAGACCAUCCGAGAUCGAGCUAAACCUGAUUUCACAAUUAUAUGCGGUACGAACCACCAGACUAGACCUUUACCAUCCUCUCAGGAUCAGAGCAGAGAAUAUAAUCAAAGCCAGAGAAUAUAACUAUACCCCAGAUACAAGAUUCGCAAGGUUCAUCACAGCAUUACCGGAGACUGAACACAUAAACCCCUUGGCCUUCCCACCCUGGGAAAUCAGAGAGUCGAGGGCAGAGGCCGAGGCCUGUAUCAAUGGUCUGAUGGGCAGAACGAAGGCACAAGCAGCCGAAGACUUCAAAGCCUUCCACGCCAAGAUCCUAAGAAGCGAUAUACAAAUCUUCUCGGAUGGCUCAAAAAGUGAAAGCAAGGAUGGUGCAAUUGGGGGCGGAUUCGUAAUCUUACAAUUCGAUAUUCAGAUAGUAUAUCAUUCUUUCUCAUUAGGCACAAAUGUAGAAGUGUUCAAUGUAGAAGCCACAGCCGCAGUAGCAGGGGUAGCAAAAGCCCUCACUCUAGCAUCAACCAAACUGGCCACAGAUCUCUAG